UUUAAUGUUUGAGUUGCUUUAUAUAUGUAUUUCCUCAUAGUCCUAGGCAUCUCUAGUCUUUAUUCUGCCUCAUUGCGUGUGCCUGAGGCUCUAAAGAAAUGUCAAAUAGAGUGGGUGAAAGACAACACCCCUGCCUGGUGACCGUUCUAGUGGUACACUUUCAGUCAGACUGACAUGUAUUUGUACAUGCUGUACAAAACAUGCUGUGCUGUUGGAUUUUGGUAAGGUGUUUUACCACAUUGAUUUAGUCCAAAUCUCUCAAAGUCCCAGAUACAGAAAGGUCCAGUUUACACUGUCAACUCUUCAUAUUAGAGCUGCAUUGAUAUUGUUAUGGUUAAUAGGUUCCCAUUAUGUUAUCUAUGGCUUGACGCCCCUUGCUGAAGUUUUGUUCUUUUCGUGUCAUUAUUCUGUAUUAUUAUUAUUAUUAUUAUUAUGAUUCAUGAAGACCUAACAGCGUCAAAUAACAACACUUCUUCCAAGUCGUUGUUUUGCUGAUGACACAUCCACAAAAGGCUUGUAGAACUCAACCUCAUCAAUGUGUGCGUGUGCGUGUGUGUGUGUGUGUGUGUUCCCAUCCUCCUCUGUAUCUGUGCCACCCAGCAGGCUGCAGUGAGCGAGUGGAGGUCCACACAGAGCGGAGGGGUGUGAUCUACAGCCCCUCGUGGCCUUUAAACUAUCCCCCCAGAGUGAACUGCAGCUGGCACAUCCAGGGAGGUCAGGGAGAGGUCAUUACCAUCAGCUUCCGUAACUUUGACAUGGCGGAGUCGGGGAGUUGUUUGGGAGACUGGCUCCUGCUGACACCCACGAGGAGCGGGGAGUCCAGGCUGUGUGGCUCCAUGCUGCCUCCACCCUUCAUCUCCACCAGGGGGCGUGUUUGGCUCUAUUUCCACUCUCAGGCCAACAGCUCCGGGCAGGCCCAGGGCUUUCGUCUCUCCUACAUCAGAGGUCACUUGGGUCAGAGCAGCUGUCAGUCAGAUGAAUUCCUGUGUGGGAACGGGAAGUGUCUUCCUCGCUCCUGGAAGUGCAACGGUCAGGAUGAGUGCGGCGAUGCCACGGACGAACGCAGCUGCUCCCCCCCUCCCACCGAGGCCCGUCCCGGCCUCUGCCCCCUCGGCUCCCUCGCGUGCACCGAGGCCCAGUCCACCCGCUGCCUGCCUGCCGCCCUGCGCUGCAACGGAGCCCGGGACUGUGCCGACGGCGCAGACGAGCUGGGCUGCCCCGACACCGCCUGCGGCAAGCGCCUGGGCAGCUUCUACGGCUCCUUUGCGUCCCCGGAUUUCUUCCGGGCCAACAGGAGCGGCGUCGUGGAGCUGAGGUGCUCGUGGUCGCUGGACACCCAGGACCCCAAGCCCAUCGUGCUGCAGCUGGACCUGCAGCUGGGGCCCGGGGACUCGCUCCACGUCUACGAUGGCCUGCUGCAGCGGGUCGAGCACCUCUUACAGGUGCUGUCGUAUCACAACAACAGGCGGCCGGCGCUGCUCGAGUCCAGUCGGGGACAGAUGAGUGUUUUGUACAUGGCCCAGCCUCACAGCCCGGGGCAUGGCUUCAACGCCACAUACCAGGUCAAAGGUUACUGUUUUCCCGGCGAGCGUCCCUGUGGCAGCGAUCAGGGCUGCUACACCGAGCGCCAGCGCUGCGACGGCUACUGGCACUGCCCAUCCGGCCGCGACGAGGAGGCCUGCCCGGCGUGCCCCGCCGGGGAGUUCCCCUGCGAGGGUGGGACCGGCGUCUGCUACCCGGCCUCCGAGCGCUGCAACAACCAGAAGAGGUGCCCGGACGGCUCGGACGAGAAGAACUGCUACGACUGUCAACCUGGCAACUUCCACUGCGGGACGAACCUGUGCAUCUUUGAGACGUGGCGCUGUGACGGCCAGGAGGACUGCUUGGACGGGAGCGACGAGAGGGACUGCCUGGCAGCCGUGCCCAGGAAGGUGAUCACGGCCGCACUGAUCGGCAGUCUGGUCUGCAGCCUCCUGCUGGUCAUCGCCCUCGGCUGUGCCCUCAAACUCCACUCCCUCAGGAACAGAGAAUACAGAGCGUUUGAGACUCAGAUGACUCGCAUGGAGGCAGAGUUUGUCCAGAGGGAGGCCCCCCCUUCGUAUGGUCAGUUAAUCACCCAGGGUCUCAUCCCUCCGGUGGAGGACUUCCCGGUGUACAACCCCACUCAGGCCUCCGUGUUACAGAACCUGCGGCUGGCGAUGCGCAGGCAGAUCAGGCAUCACUCAACGCGGCGCUCUGCCUCCUCGUCCUCCCGCCGCCGCCUCGGGCAUCUGUGGAGUCGCCUCUUCCCCGGUCCAGGGCGACCCAGAGGCCACGCCCCCCUACUCGACUCCCCCGGACCCGCGCAGAUCGCACUGGGGCUCCACAGCUACCGAACUGUGGGUGUGCAGGGGCCCCAGGCCAGGGCUAGGUCCGGAGCUUGGCUCGGGGAUGAAGUUGAUGCGGGGGGCUCCUGCUGCUCAGCAACCAUGGACCUGCAGUCCUGCACGCCAGAGAGCCCCGCAUCACCGCUCUCCUCGCCGUCAGUAGACAGCCCAGAGGAGCUGUCGCCUUUCAGCAGGGAACACAGCGGGGCGACACAGUCUGAGCCCCCCGCCCCUUUACAGAGUGACUGUUUAGAACCUAACGGACCCCCUCCCACCCCCCAGGAAGCCUCCGUACCCCCAUGCCCCACCAAGGCAUCUCGGAAACUGGUCCUGGAGCUCGCUGUGAACCUAAAAGGUGUUUCCUUGAGACGCUACUCCCCCUUGGGGCCGUUGUCUCCCAUCUCCCCCCCUGUGUUCCCCAGCUGCUCCCAGACACCCACAACCCUACUGCACUCCCAGGGGUUAGAGAUGACUUCACCUUGUGGGCCCUCGAAAGCAGAGGACAGCAACAGCCACUUCACUGUGGAAAUGAGAAGCAGGGAUGAGAGGAGGAGUGACGGCAAGAGGAGGCUCCCCAGGUUCAGCAGGACCCUCAGUGACGAGGGAGGGGUUUCACGGAGGUAGACGACGCCAUGCUGAAGAGUUUAGGAAGAUAUUCUGUUGCGACCCGGUGUCUGCAAUAUUUGUUCUGCUAAAGUGUCCUUGAAGUGUGUCCCCCACCAGGUCCGGAGGUGAGACCCGUCCCUCAGCCCACCACAUGGGGCAAGUGCAGUCGAGUAUAUGUAAUUAGCUCACGCCCGUUUGAGUGCGUAAAUAUCUGCAUAUGCAUUGUUUUGCUUAGAUCAAUAAUACCAGCGUCGUAGUGCUUAUGGUCUGUGUUAUGCAUUAAAUCUCCUCGUAAAACUGGAGCCUAGUGUCGAGUCCAAACAACUAAAUGCAAACAGGCCUGUUUGAACGUAAACUCCUCGUGAGCCUGUCCCUGAAAAUCAAACUCAAUUCUGGCCCCUAGUACCAAAACAAUACUGGCAACAUGUUCUUAAAACGCCAAAGCAGCCUUUGUGUGGUUACCCACAGCCGUUAUGCACCGCUAUGUACUGUGAACCAUAGGAGCCUGCUAAGUGAUCACAUGUGAAUUUACCCAAUUAAAACGCCCUCUAGUCUCUUAUUCCCACUUUAUUGAAUGAGGUGGUGUUGUUAUUAUUUAUAUUAUUAUUAUUAUUAAUAAAAAAUGACAAUUCUAGAAGUUUAUGAUUGGCUGUCACGUGAGUUAGCUGGUGAUGUUUUAUAUUAUGUUCUUGUCAACGAACCAUAUGAUCGGGCCCAAGCUACUAGGAGUACAUCCACCUCGCACUGCUUUCCGCCUCCAGCAGCCCAAUUAUAUACUUUCCUGUUUAAAAGGCUAAAUAAUUUCUCAAAAGGAGUUAAUAGGACAUUUGUUGGAGACUAUUUCCAGCCAUGGUUAACAUACCUUUGGUGCACUUGGAUGGUGUGUGUGUGACUGAGUCUAAAUCAACCCCAGUGUGCGUGGUCAUGGCAGUGAGGUCAUCUGUUACCCAGUAAAACCAUGUGGCUCAUUGAUGUCUUUUGAUCAGUUUUUGUACAACAAUGGAUUUCUGUGACAGGGAGAAGACGUAUCAGAUUACACAGAGACAAUACUGAGGAUGAAUUAUGGGAUCAUGUUUUCCUUUGUUUGACGGAGGACAGUGUCGACACGGUGGGGCGGUAUGACAUGUUGCGCUUGUGUGGCAUACGUUGACGCUAUGCGGCUACCAAGCCACUCCAGAGCAUUCUCGUUAUUAUAGUUGUUGGUUUUGGUCUUUUCAUGGGGCUUGUUGAAAACUACACCAGAGCUACUCUUUUAAACAACACUUUAAACCACAAAGGUGAGCGUACAAUGGAAAUAUCAUUCAUACUCUCAUAUCUGUCUGUUGAAUGGCCGACAGCCAGUUAGCUUAGCCUAGCGUAGCACAAAGUCUGGAAACGGGAGAACUGCCAGCCUGGGUCUGUCUGGGCUCUAAAGGUGCCAGUGCAGUUUGUAACCCUCAGACAGAUCCAGGCUGGCAGUUCCCUCUGUUUACAGCCUUAUUCUUCAACUAACUCUUUGCCAAAAGAAAGAAAUUCCUUGAAUAGUGCAGUGUCACAGAAACAUUCAGUUGUUCAUUCAUGCCAAACCUUUGCCAACACUUGUUGAUGUGCCUAUCCAAUGUUAUUUGAAUGAUAUAUUCCUAUUUAAACAAGCCCUUUCAUUAUUUUUCAGAGAAGGUUCAUCAAAUAGAUUGUUAAAUUUCGCAUUUUUAACUU